CUUAGUUCAUGUUGUUGCUAUAGUAAUAUUGAUUGUGGACAAACAAGUUGUUGAAUGUUGUUGAUAAUCACUGCGAGUGUCAUUUGUUAGAAACCCAAAGUAGUGACACAGUGCAAUAUGGAUAAACUAAAAAAGAAAAAGCGAAUCAAAAGGCAAACGAGAAAAACUAUCGCUGGAAUCAAACUGCCGCCUAUCGAACCCGUUGAAGGUAUUAAAACUAUUGUAGAUGUAGACCCUGCUUAUUAUUCUCUGGUCGAAGGACGACCUUUGAAACAGAAUAAAUCAAUACACGAGUACAAAAAACACAUAAAAAGUGUGGCCCUAAACAGAACUCUUCACGGAUUCCUAGUUGAUGAAAUUCUCCGCAUUGACAGAGAAAUUGAAACGGAGCGUAAUAUUUAUGAAACAGCUUACAAGCAUUUCGAAGAAUACCAGAACAGUUUUGAUAAAUUCCUCGCAGACGACAAUAAUAAAACAAUUGCUAUAAUGCAGAAGUCUGAUGCAUUGGCAAAGGAAUUGGCCAAUCAAACUGAGAAUCAUAAGAAGGCUAACUAUGAUAUGGCAUCACUUAAGUCCAAAUUGCAGUACAUUGAUGAAACUUUAAUGAUUUUGUUAUCUUUUCAAAAUUUUCUUUACAAAGCUUCUCCAAUUCUGUGGCAAAAUAACAAUAACAUAAAGUUAGAUCUGGAUCACCCCGAAAUUUUUGUAAUGGAUUCCGAUGUUUUUGUGAAAAUUGAUCAAGAUGCUAUUGAGAAGAAACUGCAGAACUUGCCUAUGCCACUAUUAUACUUCGAAACUCCAAAGCAGUUGCUGACAAUUUUUGAUUUAUUAGAAAAACAGAAUUUAAAUUACUUGCUGUUGACUACAGAAUUUAAUUCGGAGAAAAAUAAAUUUUUGAAGACUCUCGAUGUUUUGAAAAUUAAGUUACGCCAAGAAUUAGAUUUCAUUAAGGAAAAGAUCAAAGAAAUACAAGAUACAAUCAAAUGGAAUGAAGACCGCGAAGCUGAAAUUAAGGAAGUUUUCUACAGGAUAUUAAAGAAAAAAAUUAGGAACAUUGUGUCGUCAGAUAUGACCCUACAGAUUUUCAAUUACGUGGAAUUUGCUUAUGAACAACUCGUAGCACCAAAUGAAACAAAAUUUGCUUCUUUAGAUAUGGCUUUAGCUUUAGAGCGAGAAUAUGAUAACUUGACUUUAAAUAUUUCCGUGUAUGAUCUGAAUAUGAUAAAGCAAAUUGAAAAAGAAACAUACGAACAUGGACACAUAGAAAUAAAGCGAGCUAAGGAAGCCUUUAAACUGUUAAAGGAUGUCGAUAAACUUUCAAAGCGUUUGAAAUCUUCGUAUGAACCAACAAGACGAAAAAUCUACGAAUCGAACGCUUUAGUUGAUCUCUUCAUGAACAUUUGUCUCGAAGAUGUCAGACUUGACUCUAGAUUUAAGUUUAUUGCCAUUAACUAUCUCACGCUGAUACUCGCCACAAUGCAAUGUAGAAUUCGCAAGAGUGUUCACUACAAUACUGAAGUUCAUCAGCACCUCAAAGUAACAAUGAGUUGUUUAGAAAAGAAGCGGAAGCCCAUGGUUCCUCUAAAGACACUAGAUAUAAUAUUCAGACGUCGUUAUGUUCCCAACACGCAACAUUACUUUACGAAUCGUAAACAUGCUAUGGAGCAGGAUAAAAAGCCAAAAAAGCAGAUGAAGCCGUUCCGCGUUCCAAAAUCUGAAAAGCUGUUGUCGUACAUUAAGUACAGUGAUCGAAAAGAAAAAGUUACAACAAGAGAAAGAUUAGCUCAACCACUAUUUCUCAAGGAUAAUCUAAGAAUCGCAGCUACUAGGGAUAUAUCUAGUAGACUGUUUGUUGAAGAACCUCCUGAUGAUGUUAGAGCAGUUGUGGAAAUUCAUCCUGAGUUUUAUACCGUGAUUGAAGGUCGUCCUUUGCGAUGUUUUGACGAUAUCAAAGUUUAUCUGAACAAUAUUCGAGCUUAUGCUAUGAACCGGCAGCAAAUCGGAUAUCGACGUGACUUGAUUCUGAAAAUAGAAAAAAGCGACUUUGAAGAAUCUGAGCAUUACGAAAAGAUAGUUGAAAAAUUAAAGCAACAUAUUAAAAACUUUCAAACUUUUCUCACGGAGGAUUACAAGAAGGCUUGCUAUAAAGUGGCGAGAGCAGAAAAAGUUUACAACACUUUGCUUGCUAAAGACUCUGAGUUUCUAGGGUAUGUUUCUAGUUUGACCAUUUUGAACAAUAUUUUGUUUAAACUUGAUGCCAUAAGAAGAAUUUUGAAGACGUACAGAAGUUAUUUAAUGUUUGUAGCUCCUUUGUCAUGGAGACAACAAAAUGACGAAACUUUAAGAGGUAGGAUAAUGUCGAUUCAGUUCGAAGCAGGAGAAUUUGCUACUGAUAACGAUUUAGUUGAAUCCUUGGACAUUGAGAAAACAGUGGAGAUGGCUAAAAUUGAAUUAAAAAACCCACUUCCAGCUUGUCUCUUUUUUCAGAAGCCAGAACAAAUGAUGUAUUUAUUCCGUUCGAUGGAGCUGCAAUCUCGAGAGUAUUUAAUACAGCUUGCAAAAACCGAUGGGCCUAAUCGUUCGCUUCGAGACCGCACUAAACGGUUAAAACAGGGGCAGGCACAAGAGGCUGAUUAUUUCCAAUAUUAUAUUGAUAUUAUCAACUUUGAAAUAUCCCGUGAAAGUUUUAAUGAAGAACAUUUGCGCGAUAAGUUUUACAGAAUUUUAAAUGAAUCUUUUUAUGACAGUAUUGCGAGUCCAACUACAUUAAAAUUGAAAAUAUGUAUUGAGUACGUCUACGAACAAGUUUUUGGUAAAUGCGAAGAGGGUCAUCAUAGUUUACAUGAUCCUCUGAAAAUUCUUGAAGUAAUGUAUGAAGAUUAUAACUUGCGCCUAGAUGCAUUAGAUUUCCAGACAGUGUGCCAAGCACAGAAUGAUUUCUUUGCACAAGACUUGAAAAUGAUGCACAAUGCUUAUAAUGCCCAAAGGGAACUCAGAGCUUUCAGAGAAAUGACAAAUGCUAUGAACAAAGCGUUUUGGCCGCCCGCAAAAUUUGUUCGGGCACCUAUGAAAAAAUUUUUAGAUAAAAGAAAGCGAUAUCAGCUUAUGAUGUCCGAGAAAAAGAAAACUGAAAUUUUAAGUGGAGAACGGUUGAAACCUAAGAAGUAUAAGUUAUCCAUGGAGGAACGCGAGGGCUUACUACUGUUUACUGACUGGUGUGAAGGUAUGAAUCCGGCUCCCUUCUUAAAAGAAUACAAUGAAUUUGCAAAGCCUGUAUUUGAGUGGCAACCUCAAAGAUCUAAACAAUUCUUACCGUUUUAAUAUUAAGCACUUUACACGGGUUGUCAUUUUAUUGUUA